AUGAAUCCACAACAAUUUUACAAUCCCCUCCUUCAUCAACAGCAAUCACCGCAACAAAAUCUGCAGCAAAAUAUUCAAUCUCCUCCUUCUCCUCAUCAACACCAAAAUAUGAUGAUGAAUCAACCACAAGUUGGAGGAUUCUAUAAUCCAUCUAUGGUUCAAUCAUCUCCUACAACUGGAGGAGGAGGAUUUUACAAUCCAACUACAACAAGCCAACAAACACCAACCACCACCGGAUUUUAUGAUCCUACCAUGCCUACUGGUGGAUACGGAAAUUAUGGCACACCAAGCUAUCAAACAAAUCCUAUCACUCCACCAACAACAUCUUCACAAUUUUACAAUCCAGCCCUUCAAUCUGGUAUUUCGGGAUCCAAGACCCACGUGGGACCUCCUCCAACCGAGCUUAAAUUUGGAGGUGAGGCUCUUCAUGGUGCUCUGAGCCAGCACGGUACUCACCCUCCAAGCACAAGUGGUGUUCCUCCUCCAAUGACUUCAACAGUAGGUGGUGGUGUUUCAGCAAUUCCUCCAGUACAACACGCAGAGACUGCUUUUGAACAAGGACAAAACUACAGUGUGCAAGAUGUAAUUUCUCAUAUGGGCACCCUCACUUUGAAUCCACAACAAAAUGCUCCUUACGUGAACAUUAUGCCAAAUAAUAUGCCACAACCAAAGGAAGCUGGAGAGUUAUUGACUGCCCACGUCUCAGGUCAGCCCGAUGUUUCUCCUCUCUAUCAAGCUCAUUACAAUCUCUAUAAAAGUAUCUAUGUGAAUGAUACUAAACCAGCAACAGAAGUAUUCAAAUCACUUCAGAGUGAUGAAAAUUCAAUGAAAAUGUCAUGUAAUGCAGUUCCACAAAGUUUGGAGCUUUUGAACCGAUAUGGAUUGCCUUUUGGUUGUGUUUUGAAGCCUUUCCAUCUCAAGGAAGUACCAACCAUCGGAGGAAACUUGAUUAUUCGUUGUAACAAUUGUAGAACCUACAUUAAUCCUUUUGUUCAGUUCAUUGAAUUUGGAAAUAAGUGGCAAUGUAACGUUUGCAAGCAAAUUAAUGAAGUUCCAAAAAGAUAUUACAGCCCAACAGAUAUGAACGGAGUAAGACAGGACUUUUUCGAAAGACCUGAACUCACAAAUGGUGUCUACGAAUAUUUGGCUCCUCAAGAAUACAUGUCUCGUCCUCCACAACCACCUGCAUAUUUAUUCUUAAUAGAUUCAAGUUUCAACAGCAUUAAUGGAGGUUUGUUCCAAGCAUCUGUCAAGGCUAUUAAGAAUUGUUUGAAAGGCUUAAAGGAUCAAUCACCAAGAACCAUGAUUGGAAUUGUUUGUUUUGAUAGCAAGAUUCACUUUUUCAAUUUGAGAUCAACCCUCACUCAACCACAACAAUUAGUUGUUGGUGAAUUGAACGAAUCACUUCUCCCAUUGCCAAACGAUUUACUCGUUAAUUUGGAAGAGAGUUACAAUUUGGUUGAAAUUUUGUUAGAUAAGCUUGAAGUCAUGUUUAGAGGAUCUACCAGUGUCGAAUGCUGUUUAGGAUCUGCUCUCAAUGCUGCCGGUAGAUUAAUUGGAAGAUUUGGUGGAAAGGUUUCCAUUUUCCUUUCUCAAUUGCCAACCAUUGGACCAAAUAAGCUCACCAAUCGUGAGAAUUUGAACGACUAUGGAAACGAUAAGACCGAAGCUAAACUUUUGCAACCAGUGGAUAACAGUUAUAGAGAUUUUGCUCUCCUUUUCAAUAAGGAUCAAAUUUGUUGUGACUUGUAUUGUUAUGCAAUUCCUGAAUCUACCAACUCGUUCUUGGAUAUUGCAACACUUUCAAGUCUCUCCAAAUACACUGGUGGUUCUUGCAAAUUAUAUGAAUAUCCAGAUCAACUAAGUCACCAAUUAUCUGCAGAUUUGAAACAAUGUCUUAUUGAUGAAUUGACUGGUUUUGAAAGCGUCAUGAGAAUUAGAGUGAGCAGUGGCAUGAAAAUUGUGAACUUCUUUGGUAAUUUCUUCAUUAGAGGACAUGAUUUAAUGGCAUUACCAAACAUUUCUGGAACUCAGACUUUCGGAUUCCAAAUGGUGCAUACUGGUGCCAUGCUUUCCACUCCAAAUGUUAGCGUUCAGGUUGCUGUUCUCUACACCUCAGAACAAGGCCAAAGAAAGAUUCGUGUUUGCAAUCUCCUCUUGCCAAUUACUAACUCAUUGUCUGUUCUUUAUAACAGCACUCAACCAACAGGUAUGAUUAACUUGAUGGGUAAAAUUUUAGCUGCCGACUUGGCAAAGGAAGGAGUCACCAAUUCAAGAUCUACUCUCGUUGAUAAGUGGCUCAAAUCAGCUGUGAACAGUUACAAGAGCGUUGCCAAUGUAGGAAUUGGCAUGGGAUUGACUUUACCUGUUUCCCUCCAAUAUUUACCUCUUUUCGUGUGUGGACUCAGCAAAACUAACAUGUUAUUAGGAGGAAAGGAGGUGAGAGCAGACAAUAGAACAGCAUCAUCUUUGUAUCUCACUUCGUGCACUGUUCAACAAUCGAUAUUGAUGUCACAUCCUUUGUUGAUCUCGGUUACUGAUCUACUUGCUGAUGAAAGUGCUGAUACUGAUACCGACAAGCCAAAGGUUUUGAAAUUAUUCCCUCUCUCUAGAAAACUUAUCAAUCCAGAAGAUGGAUGUUAUUUACUGUGUGAUGGCGUGGCGAUUUAUUUGUGGCUUGGAAGAAAGCAAUGGGAUACAGACAGAGAGAAAUUCUUUGAUUUGGUCUACGAAUUGAACUACAAUAGAUUCACCUUGCAAGCCGAUCAAAAUGAUGAAUUACCAUUUGGUGACGAUCCACUUCUUGCCAAAGUUUUUGAUUUGUGUGAAUUAUUUAGAAUUCAACUUAAAACAGAAAUGCCAAUUCGAAUUGCCAACACCAAUAUCACUGGCCAACCAAAUAGUGACAAGUUGAAGAAGGUACUUUUCACUGAUUUCCAUAGAACAUUCUUGAAAAAGCUUGCCGAGGAUAAGACGCUGCCUGUUACCAUGUCCUAUGGUGACUUGGUCACUUAUUUGAGCAAGUAA